AUACCCUGCAUUCUAAUUUUUUUGUGAAAGGACAAUAUAAUUUAAACACCAAAACGGGACUUGUACAUCAUAUGAAGUAUGCAGGAAACUUCCGUUUUGGUUUUGUUUUGACACUAACCCUGAGUAUGGAUUGGUGGCUCUGUAGUUUUCUAGGAUCGCGAUACGCAGAUAUUUUUGUUGCUUUGGUUGCUCCGGUUGCUCGCUUUCUCUGUUGAAAAGUCGUAGAAGUGCUCUGUGUAAAGAUUUCCGGCGACGUUCAGGUCGAAAACAGUAAUUUUUCAAUUAAAUUAAUUCGCACAAUUUAUAUAUUUCGAUUUUAACUCAACAUGUUGCUCAAAAUGAACAAGGCCAUCGCGCACGCAGUUUGCCGGCGUUAUUCGACCUCCAAACGGCACGAUGUGGUUAUAGUGGCCGCGACCAGGACUCCAAUUGGAAGUUUUCAAAGUACGUUAUCGCCGCUAUCUGCAUCCCAGUUAGGUGCGGUUGCUGUUCAAGGAGUCGUCAAACAGGCCGGCAUUGCUGGUGAGGAUGUUCAGGAGGUGUACAUCGGAAACGUGAAUGCCGCUGGAAUAGGCCAGGCACCGGCUCGACAGGCGGUCAUCUUUGCUGGUCUACCGAAGAGUACCAUCUGCACCACUGUGAAUAAGGUUUGCUCAUCAGGAAUGAAAAGCAUUAUGCUGGGAGCGCAAACUUUGAUGCUGGGUCACCAGGACGUAGUUCUGGCGGGUGGAAUGGAAUCGAUGUCCAAUGUACCAUAUUAUCUAAAACGAGGUGCAACCCCGUAUGGUGGAAUGCAGUUGAUAGAUGGAAUCGUAUUCGACGGAUUAACCGAUGUAUAUCAUAAGUUCCAUAUGGGUAACUGCGCAGAAAACACGGCCAAAAAAAUGGGCAUCACCAGGCAGGAUCAGGAUGAGUUCGCAAUAAACAGCUAUAAGCGAAGCGCAGCAGCUUGGGCAAGCAAAGUUUUCGAUUCCGAAAUUACUCCUGUUACAAUCCCUGGAAAACGCGGCAAGCCAGACGUCGUCGUUAAAGAGGAUGAAGAAUACAAGCGUGUUAACUUUGAUAAAUUCGGCCAAUUGGCUACAGUAUUCCAGAAAGAAAAUGGUACUGUAACUGCCGGAAAUGCUUCAACCUUGAACGAUGGUGCCUCGGCAGUUGUUCUGAUGACAGCUGAAGCUGCCGAAAAGAUCAAGUGCAAACCGCUUGCCCGCGUUGUUGGGUUUGCGGAUGCCGAAACGGAUUCGAUUGAUUUUCCAAUAGCGCCGGCGUUGGCCAUUCCCAAGCUGCUCCAGCAAACGGGUGUUCGGAAAGAGGAUGUUGCUAUGUGGGAAAUUAACGAAGCCUUUUCGCUGGUGGUGGUCGCCAACCAGCGCAAGCUAGAUAUUGAUCCAGCAAAGGUCAACAUUCAUGGAGGAGCGGUAUCGUUGGGUCAUCCAAUUGGUAUGUCCGGUGCUCGACUCGUCACUCAUCUUGCGCAUUCGUUAAAAGCCGGCCAAAUCGGUUGUGCGUCUAUCUGUAACGGCGGUGGUGGAGCUUCUUCGAUUCUGAUUGAAAAAUUACCAAACACUAGUAAAAUCAACUCCGGAGGAAAUAAACCGUUAUUAACUUUGUACACCCACGAUCAUUGCUCACUUUGCGAUGAUGUAGUCCACGAAUUGGAGGAAAAAUUCAACGGACGCUACUUGCUGCAGAAAGUUGAUACCACGAAAAAGGAAAACAUAAAAUUCCUUCGGCUCUACCGAAAUGAUAUUCCGGUGCUUUUCCUUAACGGCCAAUUUUUGUGCAUGCACCGACUGAAUAGUGAUUUAUUGGAGCAGAAACUGAAGACGAUAGAAAAUGAAUAAAUAUCAAAUAACUCGCAUAUUCCAACUAUUUUUAAGGCUUUAUUAAAUAGAAUUUUUCUAUGAGUUUUAUUCAAAUAUUCAUCUCUUUUUAUACAGGCAUGGUUUAAGGCUGAAAUGUUUGCCUUUGAUAGAAUGUUUGUCUACCGUGCGAACUUUUUUAAAGUUGAAAAAAUAAAACAACUUGUGUUUGAGAUCUUUAGUCUCCAGCAGAAAACCGCAUUUUUGUACGC